AUGUCUUAUUUGCCGUGGGUUAUAGGGUUUGAGGAGAGUAGCGGUGAGUAUGAAAAUUGUGGUGAUGGAUCAUGGUUUUGUACUCUUGUCCAAAACUCGUUUGGUUCGCACUUCACACUGGUCAUUUGGUCGCUUGUCUCGUUGGCCGGCUACUGCGUUGGUCAAUUAACACCUAAAUGCUGUAGUGAUCCAUAUACUAGUUGUCAUGUGCCUCCAGGAGAGAUGUGGUGGUCAAAUUUUGAAAAUUGUACUGACACUCAAAGCUUCAUAGCUUGUCAGGAUAGAGAAUGGAUGAGUUAUCAUAGGGAUUCGACUGGUUUUUACUCAUGGGUACCUUCAAAGGGAUUAGGAUUACAUUUUUGUACCACUACAGCUUGUCCAAUGCCUGAAGAGUAUUAUUGUGGUGCUCCUUGGUCAUCGGAUGGCAGUUCUGCUUUUCAAUCUAAGCUUCAAAGUCUUAAAACUCCUUCGGGUCUUGGAAGAAGACCAACUGUUGCUUUUGUCUCAAAGAUGCCUCCUUUAUCUCAGGAUUGA